CCGCCAUCGCUUUUCUCGCCGAGCCGAACCGAGCUAUCUGUGGGCGUGAAGUCUGGCGGGAUUGGCGGAAAGUAGCCAAAAUGGGCAAAAGACAUCAAGUGCUUGACGAACAAGAAACACGCAAUGAAGAAUCCAGUAAAAAUACUGAUGCAAGAAUGGGAAAACGGUUAUCAGAGAAUAGGAGACGGAAAAUUAAGGCCGAAAAUGACGGUAUUCCUUAUAGGCGUAAAUUUUGUGAAAAAUGGCUCCACCUCCCAGAAGUGAGAGACUGGAUAUAUCCACUCAAAAACGAACCUAUGCUAGUCUGGUGCAAAUUUUGCAAAACGAAGAUCCGUGCGCAUUUAACUGACUUAAAAAUCCAUAACAAGACCCUAAAGCACAAGCGAAAUGUAGGGUCGCUCCGGCCUGAAAUUCCUCGAGACAUCUUCAAAGUGGAGCACGAUACUAAUGUUCCUGCCUCACCGAAACAAGUGUUUGCGGACAUGGUAGAUGUUGAAAACAGUGACGUAACAAGUACAGAAAUGGCAGAGCGAGAAGUUUUAAAUCCUGCAAACAUUGGCUUCAUAGGAUGUGGUAAUAUGGCACAAGCUCUCCUCAAAGCCUUUGUUAAAGAAGGCCUAGUGGAUCCAUCCCAGGUGGUUGCCAGUGCCCCGUCAGACAGAAAUUUGUCCAAAAUACGACCCAUGGGAGUGAAAACAACAAAUGACAAUAACAGAGUUGUAUGUGAAAGUGAUAUGGUGUUCUUAUGUGUGAAGCCACACUUGUUAGCAGAUGUGAUAGAAGGCUUAGACCCAUUAGAAAGGAAUCAUAAUCCACUAUUUGUGUCAGUCAUCACUGGCUUUGACUUGCAUACACUAGAGCAG